UUGCUGCUGUAUUACUUGUCUCUAAUAUCAUCAAUAAAAAUGUUGCUAAAUUUCUUUCUAAAGUGAGAUAAGUUUAGUAUCAUCAGUAAAAUAAUUAUGUUGCUGCUAAAUUUCUCCUUAAAGUAAGGUAUAAGUUAAAUUUCUACCAUUACCUAGUAUACACUUCCCUCCCUAUGUUGCACACACACACACACCUACACACAGUGUGGUAACAUGGCGAGGGAGGGGCUGAGGACCCUGGUGGUGGGGAAGAAGGUGCUGACUGAGGAGCAGUACACCGGCUUCGAGACUCGACUCAGACAGGCCAGACUCAGUGUCACUGACAGAGAGGAACAGGUGGCCGGAGUGAUCUCCAGUCUGGAGGAGGGUCUCCAGCUCCUGUGUCUGACAGGAGUGGAGGACCAGCUACAGAGCGACGUGCGGCCCACACUAGAGCUGCUACGGAACGCCGGGAUACGGGUGUGGAUGUUGACUGGAGAUAAACUGGAGACUGCUGCCAGUAUUGCUGUAAGCUCUCGCCUCGUGUCUCGAGCACAGACACUCUUCACAUUCAAACAGGUGUCGUCUCGCUCAGAGGCUCACAGUGAGCUCAACGGCUUUCGGAGGAAGAGUGAGUCAGCUCUCAUCAUCUCUGGCUCUUCUCUGGAGCUCUGCAUCAAACACUAUGAACAGGAGUUCAUAGAGCUGGCCUGCCAGAGCCCGGCAGUGGUCUGCUGUCGCUGCUCCCCCACUCACAAGGCCCAGGUGGUGAGACUCCUGCAGCAACACACCAAGAGACCUGUCUGUGCUGUCGGCGAUGGUGGUAAUGAUGUGAGCAUGAUCCAAGCUGCCAAUGUCGGCCUUGGCAUUGUAGGGAAGGAAGGGAAACAGGCUUCUCUGGCAGCAGAUUUCUCCAUCACUCAAUUCAGACACAUCAGCAGACUCCUUGUCUGGCACGGCAGGAACAGCUACAAGAGAUCUGCCAAUCUCAGUCAGUUUGUGAUCCACAGAGGUCUCAUCAUCUCUGUCAUGCAGGCUGUGUUUUCUGCCGUGUUUUACUUUGCUGCCGUUGCACUCUAUGAAGGAAUCCUCAUGGUUGGAUAUGCCACAGUCUACACAAUGGCCCCAGUGUUCUCUCUGGUUCUGGAUGAAGACGUGUCCCCUGACAUAGCCCUCAUGUACCCUGAACUCUACAGGGACCUCAUGAAGGGUCGCUCUCUGUCACUCAAGACCUUUUUCCUGUGGGUCCUCAUAUCCCUGUACCAGGGUGGAGUCAUCAUGCUCCUGGGAUUCCUCCUGUUUGAGGGUCAGUUUGUCCACGUGGUGGCCAUCACCUUCACCUCCCUCAUCCUAAACGAGCUCCUCCUGGUGGCCCUCACCAUCCGCUCCUGGCACGGCCUCAUGCUCCUCGCCGAGCUACUCUCAGUCGUGGUCUACAUCCUCUCUCUCCUCGUCCUCAAAGACUACUUUGAUGGCUACUUCUUGCUGUCGGUGGAGUUUGUGUGGAAGACUCUCCUCAUCCUCUGCAUCUCUUGUCUCCCUCUCUUCCUCGGGAAAUUCCUCCGCCACUUCUGUGCCCCGCCCUCCUACGCCAAGCUCCUCAAGGAGAACUCUAUGUUCCGCAACUGUUGCAAGUUUGUCUGCUAGUGACUCACAGCAAGCUCGCAAAUUCAUAUUUUAUCGCUCUAAGUAUGUGACUCCAUCAUUAUGUUUCUGGUUUGUUUGUGAGAAAAUAUCCAACUGUAGAUGAUUUAUACUGCCAUAGGUAUAUACAGUGUAUAGAACCUCUGAUAAAGUACACAAUACAUUCAUUUUUCUAGUACAUUUUAACUUCA